GACGUUUUGUUAUUGAUGCAAAUCUGUUGUCUUUCAUUUGCUGAGUUAGUACCUUUUUGGGAAGAAAGGGGCUUCUUCGGUUUGAGGGGAGGAGGACGAGGCGAUGAUGCCCUGCACCUCCUGUUGUUCUUAGAGAGGCAUUGGAACUCACCCAUUAAAACAGAGGGGACCAGGAUGAAACUGUGGGGGAGGACAGUUCGGCCUUUGCAGGUGGCCUACGUCGUUGCCUUGGCGAUGCUCUGCGUUGACCCCGUGUCCGCUGGCAACCGCAGCCAUCGGGGAUCGACAGUCUCCUACCAGGUGAAGCAGGGGACAUGUGAGGUCGUGGCUAUCCAUCGCUGCUGUAAUAAGAAUAAGAUUGAGGAGCGUUCCCAAACUGUCAAGUGUUCCUGUUUCCCCGGGCAGGUCGCUGGCACCACCAGAGCUAGACCCUCAUGUGUGGAAGCCUCCAUUGUAAUCCAGAAAUGGUGGUGCCAGAUGCAUCCAUGUAUGGACGGAGAAGAAUGUAAGGUCUUGCCUGACUUGACCGGCUGGUCCUGCAGCACCGGCAAUAAAGUCAAAACUACAAAGGUGACACGAUAACAAAAGCGCUACUUGACCAAGAGGAACCAUGGAAUUUUCCAAGUGGAAUGACAAAUUUACUGUACAAUGGAGGAAAAUAUGAUCACACACCAAGACAAAAUGCAUCCUCUGUAGAUGACGUGCUUGUGGCUAUGGUGAGGAGACUACAACUUCGGAACACCCAGGGUACAAGUGAAAUGGAAUAGACUCUUAUUUUGAAGCCCUGGACAAAGUGUGGAUCGAUCGGGACGUCAAUUCUUAAGCAUUUUCAAAGUAUAUCUCUCAACAACACAUUGGUGGAUGAGUGCGACGUGCAACACAAGAUGUACGUAGACACACAUUCUGUCCUUUUGUUAACAUUUAGAGCCUCUAUACUGGAACAAAGAGAUAUCAGCUCAUAGCAAAUUAGCAUCAAACUGCUCUUGUGGGUCAAGUCACCGCCGCAAAGACUGUUUUGUGCGAGUCAAUUUGCCGUUCUAAUUAGGAAUUGCAGUGUACUCUAGGACCAUAACAACAUAUUAAAAAUUCAUGUAUGAUAUUUGCACAAGUUGGAAUCUUUCGGGAAUGUUUUGUUUUUCCCCAGCAUCACUCUGUGGAGGUCAUAGAGAAUUUAAAAGUGCAACUUCUUGUAAAAACCUGACAUUUAAAGAGUAGAUAAAUAUAGGAGUAAAUGAUGUCUCGCCAGGUUGAAAAUGUGUCAUCAGUUAAAUUGCUGCAAUAUAAACUAGCAAAGUGGGAUCGUCCCAUUUUUUUUUUUGUAGUUCUGUGACAUCUCGAAUGCCCUCUGUUGAAAAGGAGACUCA